AUGAAUAGGGUGCGAGUGGCCUUCGGGGACAAUCAAGCGGCAGCCAGCGAGGACCAACAGACCGCGGCGCAGACCAACACCGCCUCCAUCGAUGAAAUAACGCUCGACGACGCUGACGACAGUGAAGAAAAUAGGAACAAAAGGUUCUUAAGCUUCGGAGGCGGAAGCUCAUCAGGCGGAGGUUCAGGCAACUUCCUCUUUGACGUCGUCAGACGUCCGGCAGAAAUGGUAGCUCGCGCGGCGGGAACAGCCUUCCGUCUGUUUGCGGGCACGGACUCGCUCAACGUCGGCCUCACUGCCUCGCAUUCCGCCACUCUGGACCCUAAUGAUCCACAACUGGUCGCGGGCUCAUCAUCCGGGGCAUCAUCCGGCGGAGACGCGGCCGCUGAGGGUGAGGAGGGAAAGGGCGACAACCUCACGGAAGGAGUGCCCGGCCCCAUCACCAGACUGUUCAUCAUCGCCAACCGCGGUAUCGCGAACCUCAUCCAAGACCUCAUCCUCCGCAUCGCACAGACCUCCGAGAGGAUAGUCAACUUCAAGGCGCGAUUGAUCACUUCCAUCAUUUAAAUUCGCUCGCCUCUAGAACAAAUUGGGCGGCAACCUGAUCAGAUCUUCGCUUGAAUGGAAUGCCUACACAAAUACUAUUUAAGAAAUACUUUCCCAUUCCUAGAUAAGUUAUUAGUGUGCUGUGAUACUACGACACUUGUAAAUUAUCAACCAUGCUUCUUUUCGAAGUGAACUUUGACUUUUAUAUUUUUAUAUUGCCUCUAUUCGGAUCGAAAUCUGAUCAAUGUAAGGCCGGUUGAGAGCUGCCGCGACACGUUCUCCAAAGCUUGACUGAACACGAGAAAUCAAAUCCAGCUUCUCGACUUUUCAUAUAUUUGUUAAAUAGGACUUUAUAGAACUUGUGCUCCGGGUGUGCAUUUAUGCUUCUGUUUAUGUUAUUUAAGUUAUGUAUGUUUUGGUGGCGCGGUGUUAAGCUCGCUUACGUUGCAUAACGGAAUACUAAGUUCUAUUAAGUUGAGCGCCGACACCGGUUUCCCAUUUGCUAUUUAUAUAAUUUAAUGUUAUCGAAAAGCAUGUUUAGCUGGAUAUUUAAAUAGUGAGGUUACAAGAGCACUGCAAAUUAUUUAGAUAUAAAUUAAUCAGUGAAAGUUGUUUAGGUUGUGACCUAUAUUUAUUGAGAGGCUAGGCUACUCGUAGCGCACCACAUUUAAUAAAUGGUGAUAUCAACUCUGAGUACCUUCAAUGCGCAUCGGAAUCAACGUGCCCACAAAAUAAAUAAUGUUGAACAAAACAAUUGUGAUAUUUAUAACAAAAAUAACAAGACUUAUGACAAGUCUCCAGUUUUAGUGUGAAUACAAAAGGUACGCUAAAAUGGAAAGCACUUUUGGGUGGUAGACAAUCACAAAUAGUUUCCAGUGCUAUAAAAGUGACAUAGGGCAGACUGUGAUCGAGUUCCCGUGGGCACUUCGGCGGAGAGGCGGAGGCGGCAGGCUUCUCGUUAGCGUAAGGUUAGCGUAAGUAGGUCUGGGGACGGCGGCGCCGUCUUGCUCAAGCUUUUUAUAAUGUGACAUUCUCGAUUCGUUUUACGUUUGUAAAUAUGUAUUAUAGCGGAAAUUUUGUGUUAAAUAAAGGAAUAGUUACUAGUUAU